GUUCCCGCGGGCGCGCUCCUUCCCACGCCGUUGCCCCUCUCCCUGCUCGCUGCCUCCCGGUUUCGUGAGUCCGCCGCUGCAAGCCGGGGUGAGGAGGGAGACUUCAAAGGUGUUUCUGAAACAAGCUCCAGCUGGAGGGUGCCUUUUAAGCUGUUUGAGGUCAAGAUGAAUACAGACUCAAAGAAGAUUUUAUCCUUGGAUGUUCAAACUCCUGAGGUAUGGGAAGAACUUCUGACAGUGAAAAUGGAGGCAGAAAGUCACCUCCAAACGCAGGAAUCCAGACUGAAACGCAAUAAUCCAUUGGCAAGGGAAAUUUUCCGAAGGCGCUUUCGGCAGCUCUGCUACCAGGAGACCCCUGGACCAAGGGAGGCUCUUACGCAACUCCGGGAAUUUUGCUACCAGUGGUUGAGACCACAUGUGAGCACGAAAGAGCAGAUUUUGGAUCUGCUGGUGCUGGAGCAGUUUCUGUCCAUCCUGCCCAAGGAGCUGCAGGGCUGGGUGCGGGAACACUGUCCGGAGAGUGGGGAAGAGGCUGUGAUUUUGCUGGAGGAUCUGGAGAGAGAGCUGGAUGAACCACAAUAUGAGAUGGUAGCCCUCAGACAGGGGCAAGAAGACCUCUCUACAGAGACAGUGCCUCUCGGAGAGCACACAUCACUGAGCCUUCAGUCUCAGCCUAAGGAGCCCCAGUUCACAUGUGACUCUGCUCAGGAGUCCCACUCAAUUGGAGAGACAGAUGAAAUGACCAACACUGAGGACAGAGAGUUGGUGCUAAGGAAAGACUGUCCUAAGAUAGUGGAGCCACAUGGGAAGAUAUUUUAUGGACACAUCUGGGAGGUAUCACACCAGGGUCCCCAACAUGGAGAAGUUGGUGGACAUAGGGAUCAGAUAGAGGGGCAGUGGGGAAGCCCCUUAGGAGAGGGGCAGCACAAAUGUGAUGAAUGUGGGAAGAGCUUUGCUCAGAGCUCAGGUCUCAUUCGACAUCAAAGAAUUCACACUGGAGAAAGACCCUAUGAGUGUAAUGAGUGUGGGAAGACCUUCAGUCGGAGUUCUGGUCUUUUUAAUCACCGAGGAAUCCACAAUAUCCAGAAACGGUACCACUGUAAGGAGUGUGGGAAGGCCUUCAGUCAGAGUGCGGGUCUUAUCCAGCAUCAGAGAAUCCACAAGGGAGAAAAGCCCUAUCAGUGCGGCCAGUGUGGUAGGAGCUAUAGUCGGCGUUCGUUUCUCAUUGAGCAUCAGAGAAGCCACACCGGGGAGCGCCCUCACCAGUGCAACGACUGCGGGAAGAGCUUUAAUCGCCACUGCAACCUCAUCCGCCAUCAGAAGAUCCACACCGUGGCUGAGCUGGUCUAGUCCUUGCUAUGUGCAAGUUUUCCAGAUCAUUGGCCAAGUCGAGUCGGGUAGCUUAAGACUACAAAAGGCCUUUCUUCCUGUCUCUGCUAAAUGUGUUUUGGAACAAAUGCUGACCUCUGGUCUGAGGACAUCCAAGAAGGAAUGUUCGGGUUUUUGAAGCUGCUGCUUUCCCUUUGGUUCCUUUACUCCUUCCCAGUUCUGACUACUCCCCUCCCCCUUAUUUAUUCUCUUUGAGAUGGCUGCUAAACCUUCCUAAUAAUGUAAUAAAUGGUACUGCUAUAGCCAACUUGCCUGGAAGAUCUGUAUCUGUGUUUAAUUCUUAAAGAUC